UAUGUUACUCUUAGAAUUUUAGGAAGAUGUUUUCACCGUCGUUGCAAUGAACGACGAGGACACGACUUUAUUAAGGAGGACACAUCGGAUGAAAUUAUUUCUACGCACGAUCGACGUCUCCGCUCUAUCGAAUUCUACGAUAUGAAGCAUAAGCCAAAAUACAUCGCGAAUAACAAACGCGGCACAAAACACGCGCUUUUGAGCAGAAUACGCCGAGCGGCUACCGCGAGGAAAGAACGAGUGUGGGAUCACGGCGUGAUCCCUUACGAGAUAGAUGGAAAUUUUUCUGGCGCUCAUAAAGCACUAUUCAAACAAGCGAUGAGACAUUGGGAAAAUUUUACUUGCGUAAAAUUUGUGGAGAGAGUGUCCAGAGAGCAUCCUAAUUAUAUCCUAUUUACGGAAAGACCUUGCGGAUGUUGUUCCUUCGUUGGAAAAAGAGGUAAUGGACCACAAGCUAUUAGCAUUGGAAAAAACUGCGAUAAGUUUGGUAUAGUUGUACACGAGUUAGGCCACGUCGUUGGAUUUUGGCACGAGCACACUCGACCGGAUCGCGACCGUCAUGUACAAAUCAUCCGCGAUAACAUCAUGAGCGGUCAAGAGUACAAUUUCAACAAAUUGACAGAAGACGAAGUGAAUUCACUUGGCCUGCCUUAUGAUUAUGACUCUAUCAUGCAUUAUGCAAAGAAUACCUUUUCGAAAGGCACUUAUUUAGACACAAUAUUACCCAUGGAAUCUCAUGGAAAAAAGAGGCCCGAAAUCGGACAAAGAAUUCGAUUGAGCGAGGGCGACAUCGCGCAAACGAAUCUUUUAUAUAAAUGUCAUAAAUGCGGCAGAACGUUUCAAGAGAAUAGUGGUAUCUUCGGAUCACCAAGCUACCCAAAUAAUUCUCCGCCCAACGAUGGAGAACGCUGCGAAUGGAGGAUUACGGCCACACAUGGCGAACGUAUCGUCCUAAACAUUACGUCCCUCGAUAUAUUCAAGAGUGAUUAUUGCCGCAGCGAUUAUCUGGAAAUUCGAGACGGAUAUUGGCACAAGAGUCGGGUGUUAGGUCGAUAUUGCGGCAGCGGUAAAAUGCACGAGCCAAUAGUGUCAAGUGGAAGUCGUAUGCUGGUAACGUACAUGACAUCUAGCAGGCAAAGUGGCCACCGUGGCUUCACGGCUAGUUACGAAGCUGUUUGCGGUGGCGACGUCGAACUGGACGGGAUAGGUCAUCUUGAAUCGCCUAAUUAUCCUGAGGAAUAUCAAUCCAGUAAGGAGUGCGUGUGGAAACUAUCUGUACCCCAGGACUAUCAGGUGGCCCUGAAGUUCCAGUCCUUUGAAAUCGAGAACCAUGACAACUGCGUGUACGAUUAUGUCGAGGUGCGUGACGGGCAUAACAACGAUUCCCCUUUAAUCGGCGUUUAUUGUGGAUACAAGAUACCACCAGACAUCAAGUCAACGGGGAAUAAGCUACUUGUUAAGUUCGUCAGUGACGGUUCCGUGCAAAAAGCUGGCUUCUCGGCAACUUUUAUGAAAGAAUUCGACGAGUGCGUAUUAACAGAACAUGGUUGCGAGCACGAUUGCAUCAAUACGCUCGGUGGAUAUGAAUGUUCUUGCAAAUCGGGUUUCGAGCUGCAUUCGGACGGCAAGCAUUGCGAAGACGCUUGCGGUGGAUUUUUUGAUGCUAAAAACGGCACUAUCACGAGUCCAUCGUUUCCCGAGCCGUAUCCAGGAAACAAAAAUUGCAUCUGGGAAAUUAUUGCGCCGCCGCAAUAUCGCAUUACUUUAAAUUUCACACAUUUCGAUCUAGAGGGUAAUAAUAUAUAUCAGGAAGAAUGCGAGUACGAUUCCAUGGAGGUCGCGAGUAAGCUCGGCGACGACGUUCUCCGAAAGCAUGGGAUAUUUUGCGGCGCACGAUUACCGCCAUUAAUAACGUCCGAAGGCAAUUUUAUGAGAAUCACCUUUACGUCUGAUAACAGCAUCCAAAAGUCGGGUUUCGCUGCCAUAUUUUUUACGGAUAAGGAUGAGUGCGCCACUAACAAUGGUGGGUGUCAGCACGAGUGCAAAAACACGCUAGGUUCUUAUCAGUGCUCCUGCCACAACGGUUUUACACUUCAUGAAAACGGUCAUGAUUGCAAAGAGGGCGGUUGCAAAUACGAGAUUACGGCGCCCGUGGGAACAAUUACCUCACCGAAUUAUCCGGAUUAUUAUCCCGGCCGUAAAGAUUGCGUCUGGCAUUUUACCACGAAACCAGGCCAUCGGAUAAAAUUGAUCUUCAAAGUUUUCGAAAUGGAGUCGCAUCAAGAAUGCGCGUAUGAUCACAUUGCUAUUUACGACGGAGAUUCGCCAGACAGCCUUACUCUAGGUAGAUUCUGUGGUACCAAAGAGCCGCAUCCAAUUCUAGCAACUGGCAAUCAAAUGUACAUGGUUUUCAAGAGUGACGCUUCCGUGCAAAGGAAAGGAUUUUUAGCGACUCAUAGCACAGCUUGUGGUGGUCAUCUUAUGGCAACGGAUACAGUAAAUCAUUUGUAUUCCCAUGCUAAAUAUGGUUAUCACAAUUACGAUCAAAGAACCGAUUGUGACUGGGUAAUAGAAGCACCACUUGGCAAAAACGUUCAUUUGACUUUUAAUUCAUUCCAACUCGAAUACGAAGCCGAAUGCGGAUAUGACUUUGUUGAAGUAUUCUCCGGUUUAGAUGCGUCCAGUCCGCCAUAUGGGCGAUUUUGCGGUAAUUCCAAUACCACGGAUUUUAUUUCUAUGAGCGAAGCACUACUAGUAAGAUUUAGAACGGACGAUACAAUUUCGAACAAAGGUUUCAAGGCCGAAUUUAUAGCGAUUGAUCGGCAGGAUAGCGAAGAAAAUUUCGGUGGUGAAGACGAUGAAGAUCAAGAUCUUUGAUUUUUAGUUCAUCGAGUGUCUGAUCGAUCGUAUGAAAUAGUCGAUCGAAAAUGAAUAAAUUCUGAGUUUCGGAUAUUCUUGCGAAAAAUACUAGUUUUACGACAAUAUAUGAUAUAAACUAUAUAUAUUACACGCAUAUUUUUCUAUAUACGUUAGAUAAAAUUUUCAUCAAUGUGUUACAAAUUAAGGCACGUUGAUUUCUUAAAGAAAGAUAUAUACCACAUCGAGGACAAAAUAAAUAAUCUCCUGACCGAA